AUGACGGAGAACAAAGAUAAAGUAUGCCUAAAAGCACUAGCUCCCAGACUUCUUGAGCUAUUACUCGAGCUUGGAGAAACGACAUCCGAAAGCAUAGCAACAAUUUUAAUUAACAACCUUAUUCAAGAAAAUCCGCACUCAUUUUCUCAAGAAACAGUAAGAAGACGUAUUUACGAUGUCAUAAAUGUAUUAUCUGCUACAGGAAUAAUAGAAAAAGAUGGCAAAAAACUUAAUUGGAGAGGUUUAAAACGUCAAAAUCCAGGGGCAGAAGCAGAGCAGGCUCCUAAACCCAACGCACCAUCUCCACUCGUUCUAAAACAACGAAGUUUAUUCUUAAAACUCAGAAUUCUCGCCGCAUAUAAAGCUUUGAUACAAAAGAAUUUUCCAAAUCGCAAACCACCAAAUGCACUUCCUGCUCGUGUUAUGGUAUUUGGAACAGCUAGUAAUGAGAUAAAAACGACGCGUUUGGGUCGUCAUGAAAUUAAAAUCGAAUUAAGGGAGAGGCCCACUCAUUUUUUCUCGCCAACAGAUAUAAUUUUGCAUGUUCAAUUUCCUCCACAGCUAAUUCACGAUCUUUUGGAAAUUAAUCCACUUUUUGCAAAAUAUAGCAAAGAAGUGAUCGAUCAUAUGCUAGAAUCCCAACAAAAUGGGAUGCCGGUAUAA